AGUUCAAAUAGAAACCAGACUGUCCAAGUGAGAAGUAUAUCCAUGAAAGCAUAUAAUCAGCAUGAAACACCGGACAGGGAGAAUUGUGGCAGUUUUGAAGCAAUGUUUUUCAGCUCUAGCAAUGUUCAGCUCAGGAAAGUUGCCAGAAUUUGCUGCCUUGCAUGUGUUCCACUUGCUCAGCAACUUGUACACCUUUGUGGAGGACAGUCUUUAUGGUCCCCCUCUCCAGGUGCCAUCUUUAGUAUCUUCCAUAGUUCUGUGUUCAGAAAAAAGAAAAAGCAGGUGUAGAAUUCAUAAAAGAAAGUACAUUUGGUGUCUCAUCACAGUAAGCCAUGAUACAGCAGAAAGUCAAUGGCAGCUUGGCAGUGCUGGGACUUGAAACCUUGUUCUUCUGAUGAGUAAUCCAGAGGCUUAAUCACUGAGGCUUCAUAUGAGUUUGGACAGAAAAUCUUCCUUGAUGAUUGUUUGUUUUACCAAUAACCCACAUUUUCUGCAAAUAUUUAUUCUGUAGGUUAAGGUGUUUUUUUUUUUGCACAUGUGGAAUGAGUGUAAGUUACUACUACUGUGCUAAGAAAAUUAUCAAUAUAGCGACAUAGAUUUGUCAGUUUUAUAUUCCUAUGUGAAAAAUAGGAGACCUGAUCCUGAUUUAAUAGCAAACACUUUAAAGCAAAUUUGAUUAAUGUCUUACAUCGUAAAUUUUUCUGUAGAAUUUCUUUUGCAUAAAUUAUGUGUAUAAUUUUAAUAUACGUCACUAAUUUAAUUGUUAAUGCGAUAAAUAGGGUGGUAAACAAUGACUGUGACGUCACCAGCCGAGCUCCGUACCUGCUCUGUUACAAAAGUCAUUGUAGUACCGUGAGAACUGAGUAUCGCGAUAUUUCACACUAAAUAGCAACGUAAACCUGGCUGCUGUCGGCAUGUUUGCAUGGUCAAAGCUGUGUGGCAGGUUCGAAAACAGCCAGACGAGAGCAACAUGUCAGGAAGCAGCUCUUCUUUAACUUUUUCUGCUUCUUCGGCAGUUAAUCCUGUUACAAGUUAUGGUCAGUUUGUCAAGCUGUUUUCCGCCGCUUUCUAUGCAGUCAGCUCUUUUCUUAUAGUGAUUGUCAACAAGACCGUUUUAACAACUUAUAGAUUUCCCUCCUACAUGUUCCUUGGAAUUGGACAGAUGGCUUGCACAAUCAUCAUUCUAUAUUUAGCCAAAACAUGCAAAGCAGUUUCUUUUCAGGACUUUGACAAGAGCUUGUAUAGAAAGAUUUUUCCUUUGCCAUUACUCUAUGUUGGCAAUCACAUAACAGGUCUCGGAAGCACAAAGAAAUUAAGCUUACCCAUGUUUACUGUGCUCCGAAAAUUCACUAUUCCAUUGACAAUGAUUAUGGAAGCAAACAUAUUGAGUAAAUCCAUUUCACCUCACCUGGCAUGCAGUGUGGUAGCCAUUGUGCUUGGUGCACUAAUCGCUGCAAGUUCUGACCUGGCCUUUGAAGCAGAGGGAUAUGCUUUUGUUCUGCUUAACGAUGUCUUCACAGCUGCCAAUGGCGUGUACACAAAACAGAAACUAGGAAUAGAGGGCCUGGGCAAGUAUGGAGUUUUGUUUUACAAUGCUUUUAUCAUCAUAAUUCCCACUAUUUUAUCAAGUGCCUGCACUGGAGAUUUAGAGAAGGCUAUUGCCUUUAAAGGAUGGAUAUCACUAGGGUUCAUUUUUUAUUUUCUUUUGUCUUGUUUUAUGGGAUUCAUUUUGAUGUACUCCAUUGUUCUGUGCAGUCACCACAACAGUGCCUUAACCACCACAGUUAUUGGUGCCAUUAAGAAUGUUGCUGUAGCCUACAUUGGUAUGUUCAUUGGAGGGGACUAUGCAUUUUCCUGGCCUAACUUUGUAGGGCUGAAUAUAUGUAUAUCUGGUGGCCUGGUCUAUGCAUACCUGACAUUUCAUAACACCAGUACCUCCUCAAAACACACAACAAAUCAAGCAGCAGAAGAACUGGGGCAUGUCAGUGAGGUCAGGUCUCUGCGACAAGACCAGUCUAAUAAGUGCAUUUGUGAGGUCUGGCACCGAUGUUGGUCGAGAAGGCCUGGCGUGCAGUCUCCUCUCUAAUCAUCCCAAAAGUCAAGGAACCAGUAAAGACCUUCCACACCAAACUCCCUCAUUCAUAUCUUUAUGGACCUUGCUUUGUGCAAUGGUGCACAGUAAUAUUGGAACAGGAAGGGGACAUCCCCACAAAGUUGCAUGAAAUUGUCCAAAAUUUUUUUUGUCCAAAAUCAGCAUUUGGAGUUUACAUUUUUUUUCUGAGAGAUACAAUGAAAAAACGUCAAAUGAUAAGAUUUGCCACAUAGAGAAGCGUGAUUUCAUUACUCCAGAUAACGUGUCCAGUGGUGACAUGCUUUACACCACUGCAUCCGAUGCUUUUUUUUAACUUUUAUUUCCUGUGCAAAAUGUAGACGACAAGAUUUAGUCAGUCAUUUAUGGUGUUUAUUAAAAACCAGCAGUACUAACCAGGAUAAUCCAAGAAAACGCCUGCUUUGUACA